AGUGGAAGAAAUAGCUUUGUUUCGAAAUAAACAUAUUUUAAUCGUUCAACGAUCGUGUAAAAUAGCCAUAGCUCUGAAAUCUCAGUAAUUGUAAUAGAUUUGGGUGGGCCGUAUGUCAGAGUAAAACACACGACGUAAACUCUACAAUGUCAAGAUUGACAGCAGAAAGUUGACAUUGAAGGAAAGCGAAAAAAACAAUUUUAUGAAUUUUAGCGUAUCAUUCUGAUAAACUUGUCAUACUUAUAUCGGUAUUAAUAUCAUUGAAAAUGGCAAAUUUAAGUGGUAUAGAAAAUUUGUACAAAGAACUGAAAGCCGAGUGGUCAAAAAAGCCACAAAAUUUAAAGAAAUGUGGUCAACUUUUAGACAAUUUAAAGAUUGCGUUAACAAAAUUAGCAUUUUUGCCGACUGGAGAUAUCAAAACAUCGAAAAAUGAAAUGGUAUUAGCGCGAGAUGUACUUGAAAUCGCCGUGGAAUACAGUGUUGCUAAUAAGGAUAUACCAGCAUAUGAACGUUAUAUGUCUCAAUUGAAGUGCUACUACUAUGAUUACAAACAAAAAAUUGGCGAAUCGGAAAAUAUGUACAAAUUAUUGGGCAUUAAUCUUCUUUACCUACUCUCCGUUAAUCGGGUCUCCGAAUUCCAUACAGAAUUGGAGCUUUUGUCAGCUGAUAUCAUACAAAAUAAUAAAUAUAUUCGUCCUAUUUUGGCGUUGGAACAGUAUAUAAUGGAAGGCCGCUAUAAUAAAAUUUUUCAAGCAAAGAGCUCGGCGCCAUCGGAAAUAUACAGCCAUUUCAUGGAUAUACUACUGAAUACCGUUCGUGAUGAAAUCGGUGCUUGUAUUGAAAAAUCAUACGAAAAAAUAUCUGCUAAAGAAGCAGCCAAACGUCUGAAUCUUAACUCUCUGGAAGAAGUGAAAGCAUUUGGCAAAAAACGCAAUUGGAACUUGGGCGCGGAUGGAGUUUACAAUUUCACAGAAAAGACUGCUAAACCAAAAGAGGCAUUACCUUCAGUUGAAUUAGCAGAGCAAGCUAUAUUCUAUGCACGCGAACUGGAAAUGAUUGUUUAAACAAAAGUUUCAGUUGAAUAUUUAUCAUUAAUAUAGUUUGUAUUACGCAGCGAAAUAAAAAAAUAAAUUAACUUUAAAUUUUCCUUCAACUUUA